AUGUCUUUAGCUGAUUUCGAUUUUGUAGAAUUUUUGGUUUCAAAUGCCUCGCAGUCAGCCUACUGGUACUGCUGUUGCUUUGGGUUUAAGCGGUUUGCCCAUAAAAAGACAGAAAACUCUUUUUCUAUUGCUGUCCGUAACGGAAAAACAAUUUUUGUUUUCACUUCUUAUUCCACAUUUUCAUCUGAAAACAUGGAGAAACGUUUGAGAACGCACGGAGAUUCAGUUUUCAAUGUAGGAUUCCGAGUAGAUGACAUCUAUUCGCUGAGAGAAAGGCUUGAAAGUUGUAAUGUCAAAAUAGUAAGAGAUUUGUGGAAAGAUGACGAUGAGACCGGUGAAGUGGAAUGUUUGACCAUUGAAGCUUUUGAAACAGACUUACUUCAUACUUUGGUCGAUAGAAAGAAUUUUUUUGGAACGUUUCUGCCUCAUUAUGAAAGCUGUGAGAAUUUCAAUCUACUUCAAAAUCUUCGAAGUGUUUCUGUCAUAUCAACGGACCAUGUUGUCCAGAACUAUCCAUCCGAUUCAACGAUAAAUGCCGAGAAAUGGUAUGAGAACACUCUGAAACUUCAUCGCUUCUGGUAA